GAUGCGGAAGUACAGUUGGAGUCCGGAUGGGAGCAGGAACAGUCUCGUCCGUCCUCCGCCAGUCCUCACGAGGACGACGACCUGGGAGAGGACGGGGAACAGGAAGAGCUGCAGUUGAUGGAGUGGCGAGGGCUUGAGCCUCUCGUCAACGGGCGUCCUGUGAGUGAGCGGCGUGUGCCGCAGGGGGCGGAGGCGCCGGCGACGAGCGAGGCUGCAUUGCAAGUGGCGCUGGACGUGGGGGGCGACAGCCACGCGCUGGAGGCGAGCUUGCAG